UUACAAUUCGUGAAGCGAUUCAUCACCUUCUUCCCUUCUUCCUCUGAUAUUCUCUCUUCACCGGAUUCCGCCGCAGCCGACUGUUUCUCUAAGCUUUUUACAUGGCGCCAAAGAAAGAAAAAGCCCCUCCACCGUCCUCAAAGCCCGCCAAAUCCGGCGGUGGUAAACAGAAGAAGAAGAAGUGGAGCAAAGGAAAGCAAAAGGAGAAGGUGAACAACAUGGUGUUAUUCGAUAAGGCUACUUAUGACAAACUUCUAUCAGAGGCCCCUAAGUUUAAGCUCAUCACCCCUUCGAUUCUAUCCGAUCGUCUUAGGAUUAAUGGAUCACUGGCAAGAAAAGCAAUCAAGGAUUUGAUGGCAAGAGGUGCAAUCAGGAUGGUUUCUGCUCAUGCAAGCCAGCAGAUAUACACCAGGGCUACCAAUACUUGAACAAUUGAGUUAGUUUUAGAUUUCAUUUUUCAGCCUAUGAAUCAUCCGAUUUAAACCAAUUUUCUUUCUUUUGAUGACGAUUUGCUAAUGUCUAUUGUGUUUACUAUCCACAAUUUUCUGAGAGUGUUAUUCUGUUUAGAUGUUUUUUGUUAUUUGGUGACUCUUUUAAAAUGCUAUGGGAUGGCUUUCUUAAUACAUCCACCAUGGUUAGUUCAAUGUGGGUUGCUUGUGUGCCAUUUAAACUUUUUAUUAAAAAUUGACAUUUUUUAGAAUUUGGAUGAUUGUUAAGAGAGGUUAAAACUGGUGCAAUGGAAAAAAUCACCUUAGCUUACAUUUUAGCCAUAGAAGUUAUAGGUUUUUUUCUUCAUUGAUAACCAAAUUAGCUAUCUGGUAUGAUUAUUUGCUUCCCCUGUUCUCAUUCUCUAGUCUUAG